CAACACUGCACUACAGCUUGACAUUAUUUAAUGGUUGACUUUCUACAGAAAUUCAUUUUGCAAUGUUUUCAUUUUUAAUUUCUAUGUAGCAUUUAUUAUGUUGCCUGUGAUAGACAAUCUCCACAGUUAAAUUUUAGAGUUCUGUUGUAUUAUUUUUCCCCUGAAAAUGAGUGGUUCAACGAGCGACGAAAACGCUAGAACUAGAUGGCCUGGCGAUGGCAUGGAGAAUAAUGAGACUCGACCCAGUGAAAGUCAGACAGUCAUUCGCACGUCUGUUGGAACGAUAUCAAAUCCAAGACCAGCUCAUCCGAAUCCAGGUCAAAAUAUCUUGUAUCGACCAACAGAUGCUCACUCACCACUACCACCAAUUAAACCGAAAGGAAAAAUAUUCAAUUUGGUGCCACGUCUGAUUGUGUCGAACAAACAAUUUUCGCUGAAGACGAAAGAGCCGCGAUUUAUACCGUUUGAGCCGUACAAAGGUGCUGUGAAUCCCAUCAUACCGUUGAAACAUCCAAAGAAAAUCCGAAACCGCAACAAUUUAGAUUUGAACACAUUGGUUGCACAUAUGUCCGAUAUGAAGGCAAUCGAUUUGAAUCCAAAAUCAACCGAAGCCACAUCGAACAAUUCAAUUAUAACGCCGAAGGAAUUUGAGGAAUUGAAAAAGGAACGUGACAGCCUGGCUGUGCAGCUGAAGAGUCAAGUGCAGGUGAAUGCUGAGUUGAAAAAUUUAUUGGUCGCAGCGGUUGGUGAGGAUCUACAGACACGAGUCAAUGUGCUAACCGAAGAUAAACUGCAGCUUGCCAGAGCGUUACUAAGUUCAGCAAUGAAUCUAUCUUCACACACUGAACAAAUCGAAUAUCUCGCCGGACAGAGCGAGGUUUGGCGUAGUAAAUUCCUCGCUAGCAGUUUAAUGGUCGAAGAACUAGCUCGCUGGAAAGCGAGUUUAAUGCAGAAAAACAAAAAUUUGUCGGAUUCAAACAGGCAAAUGCUAGAAACCAUGUCUACGUUGCGUGAAAUGAGCGCUGAAACGUUAGGCUACUUGAAAUUUCUAGCACAGAUCAAAUCACUGAAUCUGCCAUCCAGCAGUGUGUUAGAUGUUUCUGCUGAAUGUUUGGCCAUUUCGCAACAAAUGAUAUUGCAUUCGGGGAUUGGUAUGCCCGUGGCAGUUGACCUUACCGGCCUAGAUCCAAUGACACCGGCCGAGAAAAGUGCAAUUGAGGCGCUGCAAAUCUCCAAUGAACCACUGAUGGCCACUGACGAUGCAUUUAGGGCAGUUGUUGGUCAAGCGUUUUCGUCGUUUCGCCCAAUAGAAUCGCGGUCGGAUCAAACUACCUACAAUUCGUCGGAAGAAAGUAAAAAUUGAUAUUGGGCGUCCAGAGCGGUAAUGUGAAAAUAAUAAAUUUUUUGUAACAAAAUGUAGGCUAGGAAUUGACUCUAAACUUCAAUAAAAUUUUAUCGAGGAUUGUUAACCAUAUUA